AUGAUAGACAGUGACUUAUCAACUCUAAUGUCUGGAAUAAUCAGGAACACAGGACAAAAUCAUGACCCACAGAGCCAGGAAUAUAGGCUCAUGACUUCUGACACCCCGCAGAUGAGAGAGGAUGAUCUUCCUAAUGACCUGCAAUCACUGUCAUGGCUUACCUCUGUAGAUGUUCCCAGGUUACAGCAGAUGACAAGUGGAAGGAUAGAAUAUAGCCUCAUCUCCCAGAAUGCAAUGCUUCAGCAGCAAGGUCACAUGCAAUCCCAUGGGACCAUGAUUCAUCAGCCAACAACCAUGCAACAAGACAUAAUGGGACUAAAUACCAUGACAUCGCAUGGAUGCAAUAUAAGUCAAUACAAUAUGGGUGGACACCUGCCUCAGCAGCCUAUGUACCAGCCUCAUUCUCAGCAAGUCUUUACACUUUCCCAAGGUUCACAACAGUGUUCUGCAGGCUUAUACAACAAUUCCUAUAGAACACAGUCUCAAUAUUCACAAACCCAUCUGGCAACUCACCCUACCCAGGACUUGCAUCCUAAGAGCUUCCCCAAACCAAUCUACUCAUACAGCUGCCUUAUUGCAAUGGCCUUAAAGAACAGUAAGAAUGGUAGUCUGCCUGUGAGUGAGAUCUACAGCUUUAUGAAAGAGCACUUUCCGUACUUCAAGACUGCCCCAGAUGGUUGGAAGAACUCUGUGAGACACAAUCUGUCACUAAAUAAAUGUUUUGAGAAGGUGGAGAACAAACUCAGUGGCUCCUCACGCAAGGGAUGCCUAUGGGCCCUUAACCCAGCCAAGAUUGAUAAAAUGGAAGAGGAGAUGCAGAAAUGGAAGCGAAAGGACCUGCCAGCUAUUAGACGGAGCAUGGCCAAUCCAGAUGAACUCGACAAGCUGAUCAUGGAUAGGCCUGAGAAUUGCAAGGCACUCAGUAAAAAGACAGAGUCAGAGCUAUCAGUGAUGACAGACAUUGUGAAUGUUUCUGGAAGGAUCCCGGUCUCCCAGCUCCAGCCACACACGGUCAUGACAUUGUCUUUACAAUCCAUCCCAUUACACCAUCAAAUUCAGACUCAGGCAAGGAUAGCAACUUGCUCCCCAGCUCCUGCCCAGAGUCCUCCACUUCACACAAUUCCUGACAUGACCCACAGCCCACAGCACCAACACAUCAUGAAUAGGGCGGCAUCAGAUUUUCUCAGCCUUACCACAGAUAUGAGCACAGAGGUGGAUGCAUUGGACCCAAGCAUAAUGGACUUUGCUUUGCAAGGAAAUAUCUGGGAAGAGAUGAAGGAGGAAAGUUUCAGUCUUGACACUUUAGGAGCAUUUAGCAACUCUCCCCUGCAGCUGUCAGACUGCGAUCUAGGAACCAUUGGCUUGACGCCAGUGUCCAGCAGUAGUGAUCAUUCCUUCUCAGACUUCCAGGUCACUAGCUUGUACACCACAUAUGCCACCUUGGACAGUGUACCCUCUUCCCAGUGUGUGACAGGCCAAGGCAAUAAACCAAUUGCUUUGCUAUAG